AUGGCCCACGAGAGCGGUCACGAGUCUGAGGAAAAUUUCGAGCAAAGUCUUGAAGACGAAGUAGCUCGGGCAUCAAAUGAUGAGCCUAAUGCCAAAGCUGUUGCUACUGAACUUGGUAAUGUAUUUGCAGACCAGUUUACAGCACUUGCAGAACAUUUACAACAGGGCUUUUCAUCCCUUGAAAGGACGAUGACACAAGCAAUGCGAACAAAGCGCAAGCGUAAGUCAUCCUCGUCCAGUGCUGGGUCCGGGUCCUCAAAUCACUCUGACCAAGAAGCUAUAGCUAUAAAAGAGCCUAAACAAGCAAAGAAAAGUACCACAGACGACUUGACUGAGCAGGUUGAGGACCUGCUGAACACUCACGAAGGAAAUAAGUCGGACACUUCUAAUGCAAUCAAUACAACGCAUGAUGAAGUGCUAAACGAAAUCGCACAAGAAUUGGAUUGUGACGAACUGUGCAGUCCACCACUGCUGGACAAGCUAGCAACUGUGGUAAACAAAAUGUUGCGAACAAAGUUGAGUGAAGACAAGCUCAAAGAAAAACAAAGGCUGUAUACCAGACCACAAAACUGUGACACUCUGGUCACUACUCGAGUUAAUGCGGAGAUCUGGGCAAAACUGCAAAGUCAUACCCGCUCAGUAGACAUACGUCUUCAAAAGGUUCAGGCACUGCUCCUAAAGGGAAUUGUGCCUAUCCUCCAAAUCGCCAACACUCAACUGAGUAGUGAUGGUGGGGAAAAUGAAAACCAUAAGGAAAUGACCCGACAAGCAUUGGAUGCAAUCUCGCUGCUGUCUCAAGCUAACCAGGAAUUGAACCAACGUAGACGAGAACUCAUUAAACCUGACCUCAAUGAGAAAUAUCAGCAGAUCUGUGCUGAACAUGUGCCAUGCACAGAUCAUUUAUUUGGAGAUGAACUCCAUAAAACGUUGCAAGACAUUACUGCAACAAAUCGAGUUAGUCAGCAAGUAUCGGGCCCGCCUCCAUUUAAGAAGAAUAGCUUUAAUCGUCCAAAAAACGAGCGCGGGAGGUGGCAAUAUCCCCCGCGCCAUUUCCAGCGAAAAAGAGGGGGAGGACGAAAGAGGCAAACCCACUAA